UGGAUGUACCAUAGUAUCGUUAAAGUAAGCACGAGUCCUCACACCAGUCAGUCCUCCUGAACACAUGUUUCCUUCCUUAUAUACUCUACCUUUCCUCACUCCUUGAUCCAAAAAUGUCCUUCCUCAACAGAUUCGGCCGCGACAAUAACACACCGCCGCCGCGAGAUCCUUACGGCAGCCCUGCCCCUGCUCCUCCGAUGCGAAGUGGACAACCGGGUUACUCCAGCUCCAGUCCUGGCCGUGGCCCAUACGACACUCCUAUGAUGAACGGAUACGAUUCUGCGCCUCCGCCGCCACCGCGACAGUCAGGAGGUGGAGGAUCAGGCUUUCGAACAGCCCCUCGGCCACGAUCGAGUAAACCGAGUUCAAAAGGCGGAAGCCAUAUUAUGACAUUACAGCCAGCGAAGAGUCCUGACAACUCCUACACAUUCAGGAACCUGGUCGCUGUAUCUACGCAAGAUCUACCUCACUCGCCGGAUGGCACAGAUCAAUUCCUCCUCAUCAAUGGAUCCUAUGUGGUGACUGCGAGGCCACUCGACACUUUUCCCAUCGGCUACAUUGGUCUUUCGGAGCCACAGCGGUCGUGGAUGGGCGUGGCUUUAACAGACCAACUUACAGCGGAGGUGUACGAUCCUUUCACCUCAGGUGGCCAGGCAUAUAUCGGGUCGAUGGAUAUCGAGAUUGGGUUCGCAAGUACUAGAAAGACGACGGAUGUGCCGUAUGAUCAGGAUGAUUUGGCCAAAGAGGUCACAAAGCUUUUCAACAGCCAGAUGUUUGCUCCUGGGCAAAAAUUCUUGAUGGACCUGAGGAGUAUUCCCCUAAACUUGAACGUCAAGACGGUGCAGUUGGUAGAUUUAAGCGAGAAGACAGGUGUAACGACAACGGAUGCUCAGGCACGAGGUAUCCUCACACCCCAGACACAGAUCAACUUCUACAAAGAUGCGCGGACGGCUAUCAACCUCAAGGCCUCCACAAAACGACCAGCAGCCAAUUCAAUCAUUGCUCCGGAUUUCAAGUUUGAAGACAUGGGCAUUGGUGGGUUGGACAAAGAGUUUGCCACGAUAUUCCGAAGGGCUUUCGCUUCUCGUGUAUUCCCGCCUGGUCUGGUCGAGAAACUGGGUAUCCAGCACGUCAAGGGUAUUUUACUGUACGGUCCGCCUGGUACCGGAAAGACCUUGAUUGCCAGACAAAUUGGAAAGAUGCUGAAUGCAAGAGAACCGAAAGUCAUCAACGGUCCGGAAGUGCUCAACAAGUAUGUCGGUCAGUCUGAGGAGAACAUUCGAAAACUCUUUGCCGAUGCCGAGAAGGAAUACAAGGAGAAAGGCGACGAGUCUGGACUCCACAUUAUCAUUUUUGACGAAUUGGAUGCUGUGUGCAAGCAAAGAGGUAGUGGUGCUGGUGGUGGUACCGGUGUUGGAGACAGUGUGGUCAAUCAGCUUCUCUCGAAACUUGAUGGUGUGGACCAGCUGAACAACAUUUUACUGAUCGGUAUGACCAACCGGAAAGACAUGAUCGAUGAUGCAUUGCUUCGACCUGGUCGUCUUGAGGUACAUUUGGAGAUUUCUCUACCCGACGAGUAUGGUAGAGCACAGAUUCUCCGCAUUCACACCGCCAAGAUGUAUGAGAACAAGGUUCUGGAUCGAGAUGUCGAUAUCGCUGAACUGGCCCGACGGACGAAGAACUUUUCGGGUGCCGAACUUAACGGUCUAGUAAAGGCAGCGACCUCGUUUGCGUUCAACCGACAUAUCAAGGUUGGUACCAUGGCGGGCAUCAGCGAUGAUGUGGCCGACAUGAAAAUCAACCGGGAUGACUUUGAAAGUGCUCUGGAAGAAGUCAAACCUGCCUUUGGUGUCUCAGAGGAAGAGCUGUCAUACUGCCUAAGAGGCGGUAUCAUUCACUUUUCACAGUAUAUCAAAGACGUCCUGGACGAGGGUAAGCUCUUCGUUGAGCAAGUCCGACAAGCAGAUUCAACACCCAUAUUCUCUGUCUGUUUGCAUGGUCCUGCUGGAUGUGGAAAGACGGCACUGGCGGCCAAGAUCGCCAUCGAUUCCGGAUACCCAUUCAUCAAACUGGUCAGCACGAAAGACACCCUCGAAAUGAACGAGCCACAGAAGAUCUCGUACCUCAGCAAGAUUUUUAUGGACGCCUAUAAAAGUCCGCAAAGCGCCGUGGUCAUUGACGACAUUGAAGAAUUUAUAGAAUGGACGCCGGUUGGACCCAGGUUCAGCAACGGUAUCCUGAAAUCGAUGGUGGCACUGUUGCGCAAGGCCCCUCCUCUAGGUCGAAGCUUGUUGGUCCUCGUCACGGCCACGGAACGUAGUACAUUACAGCAGCUCGAUGUGUGGAGGCACUUCAACUCGGACAUCCCUAUUGCGAAUGUUCGCACUUAUGAAGAGCUCGAGCAUGUGAUGAAGGAGUCGAGGGCGUUUACCCCAAGCGAUAUGAGUAAGGCUGUCGCCGAGAUCAAGGACAUCACCAGGAGUGAAGAGGUUGGUGUGGGCAUCAAGCAUGUAUUACAGGCUAUUGAGAUGUCCAAGUUGGAUACCGACCUUGUAUCCCGGUUCGCCAAUACCAUGUCCAGGGCCAUCGCGGAGCGGGGGAAUAGCUUUCGCUGAGCUUUUGGGCAUGAAGCGGGCGUUUGGAUGCAUAUAGAUGAUGUAUGAACAAUGCAUGAAGCCUUAUCCUUGUU